AUGGUGUACACUGUAACCGUCCUCUAUCCCAAUGAACCCGAUGCAAAGUACGAUUUCGAGUACUAUUUCUCACACCAUUUGCCUCUUGUCGAUCGGUACUGGAAAAUAUAUGGAUUACAGGGCUGGAAUGUCGUGAAGUAUGGUCCAGGUGUUACUGGACAUCAAGUCCCUUACUUCUUCGGAUGUGUGCUCUUUUUUGAGGACGACCACGCAGCGAAGCAGGCAUUCGAAGGCCCUGAGGCUGCCGAAAUCCUGGAUGAUAUCGAGAAGUUCAGUAACAAGCAACCGUUGUUUUUGUAUGGUGAGAGAAUUAACACCGGAGGCUCAGUUGGCCAGGGUUAA